GGCUAAACAUGUUCCUGGUAUAUACAUAAAUAUUUCCCUGUUACAAAGAAGUAUACCUCUGAAGUUAUCAUAAACAACACGUAGCCCGACGCAUGCAUGCAUUGACCUUGGGACAGUGACCUUGAAUACAGCUCUAACUAAAGUCCCAAGAAAUUUACCUUGCACACAGCGCUCGACAUGGCUGCUGUAAUCAAGCCUCUCCCCUUCGUGGAUAUCAAAUUCCAGCCUAAUGAGGAGGCAAUUAUUGAGAUAAGGCAUAAAGGAGUACUGUAUCAGGGGACCGAUAUCAGAGAUGUCGUUGAAUGGCGCCGCCUCAAGGACCUUCAGUGCUUCAUCAGGGCCACGGACGGCAAGGUCAACGUGCGUCUCUUCGAAGAUGGCGUUCGUACCGCCGACAUCAACCAGGGCUCCGUGGGCGACUGCUGGCUGCUGUCCUCGCUGGCUUGCCUGGCCUCGCGACCCGGCGCUGUGGAGAAGUUGUUCCUGACGCCCGAGUACAAUGAGGAGGGCAGGUACCAACUCCGGCUGUGGGACAAGCAGGCUCGCCGCUACAGCGACAUCGUCGUGGAUGACCACAUCCCCAUCUGGCGUCAGGGAGGGCAGCCCUGCUACGCGCGCCCCGCCGGCAAUGAGGCCUGGGUGCUGCUGCUGGAGAAGGCCAUGGCCAAGCAUGUGGGCAGCUACGCCUCGCUGUCGGGCGGCAUGGCGUCCUGGGCGCUGGAGACGCUGACGGGGCACUACACCUGCGUAUUCCUGCUGGAGAGGAAGUUCGGCCCCAACAGCUUCGCCGGACCCGACCCGCGCAACUGGAAAUGGCUGCGCGCCGAGCUGGCCACCCGCCCCGCGGACCGUGUGAUGGCGUUCGGCGCGCGCUCCUCUCUCAUCAGCCGCACCACAAUGUACGUGUACGACGAGGACGACGCCAGCAAGUUCUAUGCGCAUGAGGAGGUGUUCAUGGCGGUUGUGUACCACCUGGCCAUCGGCAACCUGGUUGCAGCAGCCACUGUGGGAACGGAUGAUGAGCAGGAGGUGGACGGAGUGGUGCGCGCGCACGCCUACACGGUGGUGGCCGCGCAGCCGGUCAGCAGCAGCGGCCGGGGGCAGCUGCUCAUGAUCCAGGUCCGCAACCCGCACGGCAAGGGCGGCCUGGAGUGGAGCGGUGACUGGAGCGAUAGGAGCACUCUGUGGCUCAAGCACCCAGAGGUGGCUGCGGCGGUGGGCUAUGAGCCGCCCGCCUCCGUCACCGCCGCCGCCUCCGCCGCCACGGACGGCUACUUCUGGAUGGAGUGGCGCGACUUCGUGAUGCAUUUCAAGGAGCUCACCUUCUGCUGCGCUAACGGCUUUGACUAUGUGGAGGAGGAGACGCCUGCGGGGGGCUGGGUGGAGGUGUUCGAGGACUCCACCUUCCCCCACGACCACCGCUCGCUGGGCGACUACAAGUUUGUGUACAACGGCAACCCCAUGACGGGGGCCGAGCUGGACGACAUCAUCAAGUGGAUGCGUCUGAAGGACGUUGCGGCUCCCGACCAGUUCCGUCGCGGCGUGCGCGGCCUGAAGCUCUUCUCCGGCGGCGGCACCCACCCCGACGACAUCGACGGCAGCAGCAACGGCCUCAUGGUGGCGGUGGCAUGCCUGGCCAACAAGCCGGGAGGCAUCGAGGAGCUGUUUGUGAGCGGCAAGGAGUACCGACCCGACGGCGCCUACCAGGUCCGCCUGUACGAGCCCACCAGCCGCACCGCAUCCAUCGCGCCAUUCGAUGACUGGAUUCCCUGCUUUAGCGGCAACCCCAUCACCAAAACCAAGAUCCUGGGCUCCGAGGUGUGGGUGCUGCUGCUGGAGAAGGCGGUGGCGCACUUUGUGGAGUCCUACAGCAAGGUGUCCAUGUGGGGCGUGCAGGUGUGCUGGGCGCUGGCCUGCCUCACGGGCGAGUACACCUGCCUGCUCAUGUGGGAGCCAAACAGAAAGAUGUUCCGGCGCCUGGAGCUGCGCUACACGGAGAAGACGCCCGCGCAGUACCGGGCAGAGUACGCGUCGGACGAGCAGUCGCUCAUAGCCACGGAUGACGUGUUCCGGACCUUCGCCGCGCAGCUGCUGCUGGGCUGCCUGGUGGCCGCGGAGACGGACCGCGAGGAGGUGGACAGCGACACCACGGGGCUGGCGAGGGCCCGCAACUACAGCGUGUUGGACGCCAGGGUUGUCACCCUGGACGGCUCCGCGCCGUCACCAACCGGCCGCAAUGUGCGCCUGGUCAAGCUGCGAGACCCUGCGCGACAGAACGAGUGGAAGGGCGACUGGAGCGACAGCAGCAGCCUGUGGGACCAGCACCCAGCGGUUGCCCGAACGCUGGAUUUCAAGCGCGAGGCCGCCGCGGAGGGCGACGCAGCGUCCGGGUCGGCCCGCCGUGACGGUUCCUUCUGGAUGACGUUCGAGGACUUCCUGCGCUACUUCCGAACCAUGACGCUGUGCGGCAAGAGCCUGCGCGGCAACACCAAGCCCUGGCUGGUGCGCCAAGACGAGCUGGACGCCGCAGCUCGGCGGCUGGCGGAGGCUCGCCGGCUGCAGCAACUGCGCGCGGAGCAGGAGGCGCUGGAGGACGCGCAGCACCGGGAGCUGCGGCGCCGCGCCGCGGACCGCGCGCACGGCCCCGACGGUCCCGCAUCCGGCCAGAUCUUCGCCCAGGCGGCCAUCGCCGCCGCCGCCGCGGCCCCCAAGCGGCAGCAGCCCCGACAGCAGGCUCCUGCGGCGGCGGCAGCAGGAGGCGGUUCCAGCGCCACACCGAUAGCAGUGGUCCCCGCGAUGACCCCCGCGGGGCCAACUUCGCCGCGGCCGAUGACGCCAACGAUGCUGGCGGCGCCUGCGGCGCCGCCGGCUGCGCCGGCAGCAGCAGCGGCGGCGCCUGCGGCGGGUGAGUCGGCGCCUGCGAGCCCGCCCGCGGGAGCGACGGCGACGUUGAAUGUGGGGCCGGGAGCAGCAACACCGGCAGCGGGGGCGGAUCCGGCGAGCUCGAAGCCGCAGGUGGUGGUUGUGGAGGCGGGGGGUUGCAAGGGCUGUGCGAUCAUGUGAGCGGUGGUAGGUUUUUUCAGCCGGUGGGAGGUCAGGUGGGGUGUAUUUGUUAUGCGUGUUUGCGCGCUUGAUUAUUAACUUGCAAAGUGGAUUCCGGUAUUGUACAAUUACUAGGACGUGAUACUGCGACUGUAUACCAGGACAAGGGGCGGGCGGAGCAAGGGUCCAGAGCGGCGGUGUUGGACGCAAACAGUGAUGAGGUGACAUUGCAGCGCGCGUGCAUGAUUUGCACAAUGACGCAUACUGUUUUGAGACAUAUUUAUCCCAGGCGCUACGUUUUGGGGGGGGGGGUGAUAUCAGCAAUG